AUGUUGCCGGUCGAUGGCUACGUGGCCGCCGUCGUCGCCGCCGCCUUGCUCGGGACGUACCUUGUCAUGCACGUCUUCACGUGCAACCGCAGCAAGGUCGAGCUGCACUACCGCACCGACUCGCGUCUGCAGCAGUUUAUCGCGGCCAACGCGCCGUCGGUCUCGGCGCCGUACCACCCGCCGUGGUGGGCCAUCAACGCGCACAUCCAGAUCGCGAUGACGCUGCUUGUGCCGCAGGCGCCGAUCGCGUACACGCGCGAGCUGCUGCCGAUGGCCGACGGCGGCCAGAUCGGCCUCGACUGGUGCGCCGGCGCCGAGACGCUGCCGGCGCAUGCACCCGUCGUGCUCGUCGUCCAUGGGCUCACCGGCUGCAGCUACGACAUGCGCUCGUUCUGCGCCGACGCGCUCCGCGCCGGCUUCCGCCCCGUCGCCUUCAACAAGCGCGGCCACGGCGACACGCCUUUGACGAGCCCCAAGCUGCAGGCGUUUGGCUGCACGCAGGACCUCUCGGCCGCCAUCGCACACAUCCAGGCAUCGUAUCCUACGGCCAAGAUUACAGGGGUUGGCUUCUCGGCCGGGUCGGGGCUCGUCACGUCCUACUUGGGCGAGACAGGCGCCAAGUCGCAGCUCGCCGCCGCCGCCCUCGUCUCGCCUGGCUAUGACGCCCUGGGACUCUUUUGCCACGGCGGCAUUUACCCGCUCUACCAUUUCCUCAUGACGUUUACGCUGAAAGGCUUGCUCAAGCGCCACAAAGACGUCUUGUCGUCGACGAUCGAUGUCGACGCGGCGCUGCAAGCGAGUUCGAUUCCCGAGUUUGACCGCCACGUGUACAUGACCAUGCACGGCUACGACGACCUCGAAGCGUACUGGGCCAAGAACAAUCCGAUGCGCCAAGUCGAAAACAUUGCAGUCCCGACGCUCUGCAUCAACGCGCGGGACGACCCUGUGUGCACCUACCGGAUGAUUCCUUUUCAGGGUUCACUGCGGCUUUUCGAGCUCGACGGCCUCGAAAUCAAGUCGUGGGCGACGCGCGCGUCGCUCGACUACCUCCAGGCGGCGCUGCGCUAUGAGCCUUGAUACAAUCCGAACGCAAGCGGUUCGAGUGAAUGUAGUACUUAACAUGUAUUCAAGCGACAGAACGGGGCCUUGAGAGUAAAUGGCACUUAAAAGGACGAAUCGAUCGCGCCGUUGGCGUAGAACUGGACCUUGUAGAGCCGCUUCUCGUCGUCG